ACCACGCUCCUCGCUCUCUGUUGCCUGCAAGUCCUCGCAGAGGGCACAGUUCCCCGGAGCCACUUCCCCCCGUGUGUCAAAGCAAGAUGGCAGCUGUUGUUGAGAAUGUUGUCAAACUGCUCGGGGAGCAGUACUACAGAGAUGCAAUGGAGCAAUGUCACAACUACAACGCCAGGCUCUGUGCUGAGAGGAGUGUCCGGAUGCCGUUCCUCGACUCGCAGACCGGCGUAGCUCAGAGCAACUGCUACAUUUGGAUGGAGAAGAGACACAGGGGACCAGGCAUAGCGCCAGGGCAGCUCUACACCUACCCCUCCAGGAGGUGGAGGAAGAAACGGCGAUCUCAUCCUCCAGACGACCCACGACUUGUCUUCCCUUCUGUCAAGUCAGAGGUGGAUUUAACAGUGAAGAAGGAUACUGUGUUGUCGUCGGACGGCAGCAGCCUGGAGGCCCUGCUGAAGGGGGACUCCUUGGACAAACGUACGACCACAGAGAUCCGAGGGUCUGAAGAAGAUUCAAACACGAGUGAUUACACUGGAGUCUUGAACCCUGCAGCUCGGAUCAGAAAGAAAAUCGUCGAGCCUGACGACUUCCUGGACGACCUAGACGAUGAAGAUUAUGAGGAAGAUACACCUAAAAGAAGAGGCAAAGGGAAAGGGAAGGGUCGAGGAGUGGGCAGCAGCACCAGGAAGAAGCUGGAUACAGCAGCACAGGAGGACAGGGACAAGCCGUUCGCCUGUGACAACACUAUCAAACAAAAGCAUAUUUCAAAACCUUCUGAAAGAGUCUGUGGGAAGCGCUACAAGAACCGCCCCGGCCUGAGUUACCACUACGCCCACUCCCACCUGGCUGAGGAGGAGGGUGAGGGGAAGGAGGAGGUGGAGAUCAACGAGCCUGCCAGGCCGCUGCCAGAUGAGCCGAAAACUCCCAAGAAAGGCCCAGAUGGUCUCGCGUUGCCUAAUAAGUACUGUGAUUUCUGCCUGGGAGACUCCAAAACCAACCACAAGACUGGUCAGUCAGAGGAGCUGGUGUCCUGCUCCGACUGCGGACGCUCAGGCCACCCGUCUUGCCUGCAGUUCACUUCUGUGAUGAUGGCCGCUGUGAAGACGUACCGCUGGCAGUGCAUAGAGUGCAAGUGCUGCAACAUCUGCGGCACCUCGGAGAAUGACGAUCAGCUUCUGUUUUGUGACGACUGCGAUCGAGGCUAUCACAUGUACUGUCUCAACCCACCCAUGUCUGAGCCUCCAGAGGGGAGCUGGAGCUGUCAUCUAUGUCUGGAACUGUUAAAAGACAAGGCGUCCAUCUACCAGAACCAGAACGCCCCACCCUCGUGAUGGCCGUUCCUGCCCGCACACACUCAUCACUCAACCGUCCCAGCAGCAAAAGUGUGAUUUACCCUUCAACACCGAUGAUGAGCUCCCCCUGACAAGCUGACCUCAGAGGGAGUGUGCUCAGAACGGGCAAAAAAUUGUGAAAAGGGAAGUACACCUUACCAAACAGGUCUCACUUAGCUUCAGAUAUGACUGUUACACAGUUACAAGCUCAGAAUUAGCCCAAGAGAUUUUUAUUUUCACCUCUUUGCCACAUAGCCAAUUUGAUUAGUGCUGAAUUUUUGGAUUCACAGCAUAAACAGCAAAAUAUGACUUCUUGUUCAGCCUUUCUACACAUACACAGAUAUAAAGUUGCUAAACCCUUGUCUCUAUUCUGCAGUGUACUGGAUUCAUGACUAGAGCAGAAAUAGAGCUUGUUGGAUUAAAUAAGCAUGCCAAUGCUUGCUCAUCGUGAAAAAAUAAACGUUUUAUAGUAUUUAUAUAUUUCUAUGGUAUAUAAUAGUGUUAAGUAUGUACAGAUUGGAAAAAGAAUGGUCAUGUAAUAGUCUUUAUAUUAGUGUCCAUCCCAUCAUUAUGGAAAAAUCCAUAACCAUUUCUUUUCUUUUUGUGGCACUGCUGAUAUUUGAUGAUUAACUGUGUAGAGUCAAAGGGAUCUGCUGAGACUGCAAAAGACUUUCCAUUUCAUCCACCGGCACACACACAAACACACCCAAACAGGGACGACUAGUAGAAACCCUGACAUGCAUGUCAAAGUGGCUCCAAAGGCUGAAGGACUUCAGGGAUGGCAGGUUAGACUUGAAUCUGGUUGUUGACUCUUGGCUGCUGGUGGCUCGAGAUGCACAGAGUUCAAGAGGACGCACAAGGACACACUGACGUGCAUGUUUCAUUCAGGCUUUGGGGCCUUUGCUGACAAAACUCCUGCAGCUGCACAGUUCAAGCUGAUACUUGACUUCAGUCUGCACACUUGGCCCUUUCCUGACAGACGUGCAAAAGUUGUGAUGAUAAUUCUAGUCAAAUCAAAAAUGAAAUCUACUUUCAUUAUCAGCCAGGUUCAUGGAUAAAAAGUCUUCAUCGCUGUGUUCUAGCAGUUCGCUAUUCAUGCAAUAUCCAAUAUCUGCAGAUGUGACACCACUAGAUUAUUUGUAUGUAACUGAGGACUAUGCGACCACGCAGAUGGUCACCUGCUGACAAUGUAAAGCAAUAUGCCAGGAUGAGAGUGACUCACAUACAGUCUGUUCAGGCUAUAAUGUGCGAUAUUGUAAAUUUUCUAUCUCAGAAAUGAUUACAGACAAGGCAACUGUGACAGAAAUUGUGGAUGGUGGCUCCAUAUAGUAGACAUAUAUGAAGAUGUGUUCGUCCUAUGGAAAGACAGCUGUUUUUGUCACUGCUUUCAUAGAUUUAUUAUGCAAUGGUUUCCUUCUGUGGCAAGGCUUAAAGCAAAAUGUGUGGCUGAACUGCUAAAGCAGUUACUUUACCUCAAAGAGAAAUAGUAUUUAAACACAUGUUGAAACAUGCUGUAGAUAGAUCGGUUAAUGGCCGACGGAUGGAUAGUAAUGAACGGAGCAGUAUCUUGCUUCAGUAUCUGCACAUUCUACAUUUAAAACAAGUGCAUGCUCAGCAAACAUCUGCACUCUCAUACGCUUCGUAGUCGUCUCAGCGUUAGGUCGGUGAAGGUGUUGGGAAGUGGUGUAAUAUAAUUAACCAUGCUGUCAUGUCGUUUCAAUAGCCAACUAACAAUUACUAAAGCAUUACACAAAUAUAUCUUGGUUUCUUUUCUCAUCACGUUUUGAACUUACAGUUAUGUAGAGACAGGGGCUACUAGAAUAUUCUUGCGGGUUGUUUUUGUACUCAUCGAUGUUUGCAAACCUGAUGUGUGGGACAUUUUGGGACUUAGGUGGAAGUUGCUUUCUAGUUAAUCCUGUGAUGGACUGAGCCGCUCUCUUCCAAACCUCGAAACGAGAAGCAAAGCCCGUAAUGUGAUUAGAGGCAAACUAUGGAGCGGCACCUUCAACACUGAAUGGUUAAGUAAUGAUGGACCAAUGCAAUUUCUAGGCUGCGUUCAGACAGAAGUGAGAAACAAGGAAGUUCACCUUUUGUUGUCAUGUUAUAUAUAAUUCUGUUCAAUACCAUAGUAUGGUUUUCUGGUUUCUAGCUUUGGGAGAGAAUUGUUCAAAACAAAAAAAUGUUUGAAAAGGUUCAUAGGUUUACUCGGUAGGUGAAUUCUCUUUGGUUGGACUUUCAUUUUGGAUUGUAAUGGAAUGUAAUUGUACGAAAUUUGUCUUCAGGAAAAUAAAAUACUAAGCACUAUAA